AUGUAAUUUAUUAUCAUGAAUAGAGAAUAGGCCUAGUGAUUUAUGCCUCUACGUUUAGUGGGUGGUAUCUAUGCAAUGUGGGAUAUCUUCCUCCUCGGCAUAACAACAAGGAAGGGGAUAUGCGACAAAUUUAUUUACAAUUUCGUAGAGCGAAGAAUGACCACAUUCUAUAUUUAGUUCUGUACUUGAAUGUCUAUGAUUCUAAUAUGUAUAACGGUAUGGCUGUUGGAACGAGCGAAGCAUGAUAUGGUCACUGGAGUUUCCCAACCAGCCUAGUGAUAAUGGAAAUAAACUCACAAGGAGAUGAACUUCUGAACACAGACAGUUGUGUGUAAUUUUACUUUGGAAAUAACAGGUUUGAUCACCUUGUGUCACAGUAAUAUUGAGAUAAAGCAGAUUGUGGCUUCAUUACUAAAUCACCAAUAGUCAUGGGAUAGAUGAUAUCAGAAUGCGAUCCCUCCAUCAUGGACAUAGCGAAGAAGGAAAAGUCAGAGAUGGAGGAUGGAAAGAUAAAUCCAGGGAUAGAUUUGGAUAGUGGAGAGAAAAAAGAAGAAGAAAAUUGUGAGGAGGAAGAGGAACCAGCAGUACAUACAGAGAUUGACAGACGUGAGACUGAAAAUGGAAAGAAAGAGGAAAAUGGAGAUUCAGAGAGGGGUGAACAGACAGAAAAAGAGACUGAUGAGGAAGAAGGAAAAGUAAUAGCACAGAGAGAGGGAGAACACACGGUGGAUGUUAAGGCAGAUGAAGUGAUAGAGGUAAAUACCGAGGAAAGAGAAGAUGAAACAGAUAGUUGUCCUACUUAUGACAACGACAUUUCAAAAGGUGAUGAUGAAAAUGGUGAAGAUGUAAAAACAGUUGAUAAAGAUAAACUCAAGGACUCAAGUACAGCAGAGAAUGAGGACGCAGAAGUGACUAGCAAUGGAUUUGAGGUCAUUGCGGAGGACAGUCUCAAUAUUCCUUUUACCCACUAUGUGGAUCACAAAAAUCUCACAGAGACCAGCAGAGGAAUCAAUGAGACUGAAGGGUUAGAUGGUGAGAAUGAGCUUAUUCAACUAUUGAGGGUGUAUAAACAAAGUAACAAGGAUCUGAAAGACUUUCACAGGAGAAACUCCUGGGGGACUCACCAUACCAUCAGGGGCCAGCUGUGGGUCCGGGUCUGUGAAACUCUUCACAAAGCUAAAGGGAAUCUCUAUGAUGACUAUGAAAAAGAUCUUUUCCACCAAAGAAACUCAGAUGACAUAGCUUUACCUUCUUUUGUGGACUUCAGUAAUCUCACCUCCUAUCAUUUAUCUGAGCAAGGAACCAAAACUGUGGCCAAGAUUCUCGCCAUCAUCCAAAACACCAAUCCAGAGAUCUUAUACUGCCCCACCCUAUACGCCAAGUUGAGCAUUCUCCUACACUACAUGGACCCGUCGGAUGCCUUUAACUGUAUUUACGCUUUACUCCGUUCCAAAGACGCCAACAUAAUGCAGACCAAAGUGGCAGUGGAAUCCUCCAAACUUGUACUCAGAGACCUUACCAAAAAAUAUGCGAAAUCGGCAUAUGUGUAUUUGGUCAGAAACAGCAAUGAUGUUACAUCAGUGUUCGAUGGGUGGAUGUGGUGGUUGUUUUCGGACCUGCCCUUUCCUCACAUUGUAAGAAUCCUUGACUGCUACCUAGUGGAGGGGGUGAAAGUGCUGUAUCGAGUCGUUCUGUCGAUGCUCAUUUUGUUUACAAAAUACUCUGUGUCAGCAAAGCAGCAUGGUGCGAUUAGUGACAGCUUGACUGUAACAGAGAGAAUCCAGCAAUUUUGUACCAAUAUGCCAUUUUCUGUUGAAAAACUGCUGAAGAAAGGGUUUAGGAUUCGUGGCUUGACCAAAAAGGAGAUCAAGAAGUUACAGCUUCGCCAUGAGAUGUCCAUUAACAGCAAGCAUCAUCUCCAACACGAAAUUCAGAAGUCUGCCUCCUCCCAUUCCUUCAGUGUUCCUCACUCUCAGUCCUUCAGUGGACGCAUUGUGUUUGACCACACCAAAUCCAGCAUUGUCACCAAUAAUGAAAUGCCACGUUGUAGGUCUGCAGGCUUGCUCACGUUUCCUUAUGUGGAUAGUCUGGUAGUUAUAAUGGACGAUCUGUAUACCAUUUGGUCAUGGCUGCCGGCAAGGUUUGCAGUGUGCCAACCAGAACUAUUAUACACAUCAGAGGAACACGGAACAAGUCUGAGAACUCUGUACACACAAGUGGAGAAUCACCAGCCCACGCUGAUCCUUAUCAAGACUACCACAGACGAGAUUUUUGGAGCAUUUUGUUCCGUGUACUGGAGAGAGAGGAAGAAAAGCAAUAAGAAUGUGUACUACUUCGGUACAGGAGAGACCUUUGUGUUUACCUUGACCCCCGAGAGAAAGAAGUACGAGUGGGUUGGACUCCACGAGGCGAACAUCCCCAACACGGCCAACAUGUUCCUGGCUGGGGACAGCAAGAUCCUUUCUGUGGGAGGAGGGAGUGGUGAAGCCAUACAGCUGGACGAGAAUCUCCUUCACUGCAGGACAGAGCAUUGUGAUACAUUUGACAAUCCGCCACUGUGUUCUAAUCAGGACUUCACAUGUAAAGUGGUGGAAGUGUAUGGAUUUCAGUAAACACUUGAUAAAUAUACAGUGUGAAAAAGGGGGCAUUUACAGCUAUAUAAUAUAUCUAUAUGUUACAUAGUUCUGAUCCUCUCAAGUUGAGACAGAAGUUGUGUAUCAGAAUUUUAUCUCCAAGUGUGGAACUCGUUAGGUACAGUUCUCAGUGGUUGGAAUGCUGACAGAGAAUAUGUUCAUUUGAUAUUCCCUUGUAAAUUGAUUGUGAUACUUUUAUUAGCAUAAUGUAUGGAUGAAUGCAAUACUAUGAUCAGGUCAAGGUGUUGAAUUUUGUGUGAUUUUUUUAUUUUUAUAAUAAUAUUCAGAUAUGUUUUUUAACAGAAAAAAAAAUGCAGUAAAUUUUUUUCUUGGAAAUUUUAACAAACCAUUAUUUUGCAGAGUACAAGGUUCUUUCGUACGUUUCCAUUAAGUAGUAUUUAAUUUGAAACCAAAUUACAUUUAUGAGGGUUGAUCCAAAUGUGCAUGGACUUUUUUUUUUUUUCUAAAAGAAGCAGUAAUGACAUAAAAUAUACAUAGUUAUGAACUAGAGACUCUAAUAUGACUAGAAAUUAUAUUCCUUAGUGAUAACAUUUAAUGUCACCCAAGCAAUUUAUUUGAUAAUGGUAUGUUGCAAAAUCCAGGGGUCUUUAACAUGAUAUUGCAAUAAAAACGUCAUGUCACAUUCACCUUAAAAAGGAGUCUAGGCACUCAUCUUGCACUUAUUUUCUUUAUAUUCAGAUCAAAUUUUAAAAUGCAUUCCACAGUUUCCUAUGAGCUCCUGAUAUCCAUGAUAAUCUUGUGCGCAGGCAGUCCAAAUCCAUCAACACCCUCACUCUUUCAGCAAGGAAAGGACAACUGUCCACUGACUAGCCUGAUUUUUAUCAUCUUCCCCUGAAGUUCUCCCCUCCUUAAAUCUAUUGUGACACUGGAACACAAUUUGCUUAUUGCAUUCUGUCCUGCCUCUAUCAUCAAUUUAUGCAUCUGAGUCAGAAUGUGCCAAAGAUUUUCACAAGACUUAUAAAUGAUUAGUUUUCAAUGUUCUCUAAUAAUGCCAUGAUAAACAAUGAAUCUCAUAGAAUAUCUAAAUGGUAAAUUCCAUAGAACUUGUUUUUAUUAUGACCUCAUUUAGGUUACAUUCUGCACUUUUUUUCUCUGGUAAAUUAGGAUAACAAAAUAUUAUGAAGAAAUAUAAAGUAUCCCCUGCCUUUCUAGUUUCAUAAUAUCCAUUUCUAUGGCAACUGUCAAAGUGGUACUGCCUGGCGUUCAUAAUUUUUUAAAAAAUAAAUGAAGAGUAGGUUUGAUAUUGUCAUAUAUAUAUUUAAAAUAGAUUUAAUGUAAUAUAAAAGAGGAAUUCCAUAAACUUUUGAAUCAACCCUCGUAUUUCAAAAUCAUAAGAAUAACAUACAUUUUUUAAAAAUAAAACUUCAUGAUGAUAAGGGACAUUAGCUGUCAAUGAGGACAUAAAAACUUUUUAAUUCUGUAGCAUGAUGCUGGAAUGCAUUAAAAAUGAAAGAUAACUCCAAGAGUGAAAAUAAUUAAGUUAACCUCCAAUGAAAUUUUAUGAAAAUUACGUAAUAUUUCUCUGCAAUGAAUUAUGUACUUCCAUAUAAUAAUGUUUCAGCCAUUUUUUUCUAUAUAAACAAAUUUAAAGAUAUUCUAAAGUCAGAAUUAUACAACAUAAGAUUGCAAGAUGUCUGUGGUGAUUUUUGUGUACUGUAAAGCUGUUUCAGUCAUUUUGGUAAUGAUCAACAAAUAUGACUUUGGCAGCUAAUGCCCCUUUAAGAAAUGAUAUGUGGCAUUUAAACACGUACACUGUAUUAGUUUUCUGACAAACCGAACCAGUGCAAUAUUAGUGAAUAUACCUGAACAGAUUCUUGAACUAUUGUGCCAUAAGAACAUGAUCUAGAAACAAAUUUGUGGCAUUUUUACUGUUUAUAUUUUUAAACCAAAAACAAUACUCAGCCAAUACUUCUCAUUAAGAGGAGUCUACCAUGCCCCAGUCUGUAAUGCUAUUAGAUUUAAUAAAUAGAAUACCAAUUAUAGGCUUAAACACGUUAAUGAUUUUCAGUAUACUGAAUCUUUUUUAAAAUGAAUGUGAUAAAAUAAUGGCCAGGUUCUGAGCAGUAUUUCAGUAAUUAAACAAGAACACAGUACAAAGUUUUUGACAUAUAUUACAUAUAUGCUCAUAGUUUAUAGUGGUCAGCCUGCUUGGAUCUAUUUGACGUUUACCGUAUGUUGCACAUUUUCAUUUAUUUGACUCAUUGCUCAUCGUUUGUAAGCUGUUGAAACAUUUUCAACUUUGCAGAAAGUAUUGCAUUAAUUUGGCAUACAUCUUUCAAUAUCUCAGAACAAUAUGUGAAAUUAUGAAGGUCUCCGAUUCCUCAAAGCUUAAGAAUUGAGCUAGACUUCCAAAAUAUAUACAUAUAAGUCUUUUAAAUCCUGCAGAUACAUUAUUGUAUUUUAUGGUUUUUAAAUUCAUGACUCCUGGGGUUCAAACUUAAUUGUUGGAUAAAGGUAAUCAUGUGUUGAAAGUACACACAUUUUUUUUACUGGUAACACCCCCCCCCCCCCCCCCCCUUAAAGUUACUCUCUUCAGGACGAGUGGAAGGAGGGGGGGGGGGGUAAUCAGACUAUUUGAUUUUUACUAGAACUAAUCAUAAACUUGCAAUGCACUAAACAAAAAUGCAAAAAUCAUGCUCCAAAUGUUGAUGUUUUCAGGCCCGGCCAUAUUGCAUAUGUUACCAUAUUGCUUCUAGUCUAUAAAGCUUACAAAUCUUCGCAUUAAUGGAAAGCUGGUAAACAAAAAUAUGUCCCUAUUUAUAUUGGACCCCACAUGCUUAAUGUGUACAAAUGUAUAUCCAGGAGAAACGUUCAAAAGUACGAUAUUCUCCUUCAGAACAUUAAACCUUGUGAAGAAUUUCUGAAAGCUCAUAGUGUAUGCUGUAUUUGUCUUUUUGAUGCCGAGUUUGGCCAUGACUUAGAAGAUCACCAAAAGUUUUGUUGCAAAAUUUGAGCCUGUAUUAAACUCUGCAUAAUUUUUGUAACCUUCAUUUAAAAUUGGUUCAAAACCGAAUAUCUUUUUGUCAGUUUAAAAUCCCCUUUAGAAGAUUUCGAGCCUUGUAGGGAAUUGUCAUGAGGGAUUAGAUUUCAUGAAUAUAAACAUCAUAUAUCUUUUUUCACCAUGGUAACUGGAUGCUACUGAUUUCAGCUUUGAUGUUGCCUAGUAAUCGGUGGAUCAUUAAGGCUGAUGGGAUUGCUCAUAAUACUUUUUAAGAGGCAUCUAAAGAUCAUUCUUUUAUGUAAUGAAUUAAACAAUUUCCACUAAAUCAUUUGAAACAUAUUUCGUGUUUUUGAAUGCGCAUGCAUUUUUACCAGAUCUAUUCUUCCAUAGCUGCAUAGCUAGAAGAGAAUUUAUACAGAUUUAUGUGAAUUUAUGUCACAUAUGUAUCAAAGGUAUAGUGAUGUUAUUUCUACACAUAUACUGCUUCUUGCAUAAAGAUAUGAGAUUACAAAAAAUGUCCAAAUAUAUUCAUAGCACGUGUAUUACAUGUAGAUCGUAAACGCUUUUAAUAUUUUCAUCAAAAUGAAUAAAACUGUAAUGCUAAAAAAUGUAAUGGUUUGUUUCAUUGUGUUGUGCAUGUUACAUGUGAAAUCAUAUAAUUAUGAAAAACAUUAAAUGUUAAAAAUGA